ACCUUCUUUUUUUCCCUUCGGUGGAGGCCAUGAUGGGAGCCUGAGAGUUCAGCUGGAGCGAGAGGAACCAGAAAAGAAAGAUGAUUCCUCGGGACGGAACUGUCAAAUCAAUCUGUGCAGAUUUCUGAUUUUUUUUGUAUAGUCUAUAUACAUUCAAGGUGGAGCCUGUCACUCUUUUUCUUUUCAGAUGUGUUCUCGGCAAUCAGUCGACGACAAUGUUGAAUCGUUAGGAGGCUUUUGGAUCGAAGAAGGAGGCAGCACAAGCUAUUGUUGCUAGCUAGCUGCGCUGGCUAGUUAGCUUAGCGAGCUAGCUCCGUGUGAGUAACUGGAUACGGGUUUUUUUUUUUUUUUUUUUUUUUUUUUGGGGGGGGGGGAACCCGGUGAGUUCUCUUAUCCUCUCGCUGUGUCAAUUGCGCCGGCUUUGCGAUUGAGCCGUCAAACUUGGGACCUUUUGUCUGGCAUCCAAAAGGGGUUUUUUUUUUCUGCAUGUAUUUUAUUACGAGGGAGGGGGUUGUUUUGCAAAAGACGAAUCGCAGGAUUGGGGGGGUGGGGGGGGGAGAGAGAGAGAGAGAGCGAGAGAGAGAGAGAGAGAGAAAAGUCGGGCCUGCAACGGAGGAGCAGAGCAAAGGCCCGUCUUUAUGAUCCAGAGGAAGCCUUUCUAAUCCUACCGACAGUGCACUGCUAGCUCUGCUGGCUAGCAAGGCUCUGUGAGGACCAGCACAAAUUCAAGGAGAGCAGACCUCCCCCCCUCCUCCCAACUGUCUGCGACACACAGGACCAGAUUUUUUAAAGAAAAAAACCUGUUUUCACCAUUUCCCCCCAUAUAGACUCCUGUCAGCUGCUACAAUGGCUAUGUUUAUAAAAGAAAUGGUCAGCCGGAACAAAAGGAGAUACCAAGAAGAUGGGUUCGACUUGGACUUAACUUAUAUCUACCCAAACAUCAUUGCUAUGGGCUUUCCAGCAGAGCGACUCGAAGGCGUUUACAGAAACAAUAUAGACGAUGUAGUACGGUUUUUGGAUUCAAAGCAUAAAAACCAUUACAAAAUCUACAACCUCUGUGCAGAAAGACACUACGAUGCUGCCAAAUUUAACUGCAGAGUUGCACAGUAUCCCUUCGAAGACCACAACCCUCCUCAGCUGGAGCUAAUUAAGCCGUUUUGUGAAGACCUGGACCAUUGGCUCAGCGAGGAUGACAAUCAUGUGGCGGCCAUCCACUGUAAGGCUGGGAAGGGCCGCACCGGAGUUAUGAUCUGCGCCUAUCUCCUCCAUCGGGGUAAAUUCCAGGAGGCCCAGGAAGCGCUCGACUUUUAUGGAGAAGUCAGGACAAGGGACAAGAAGGGAGUAACGAUCCCGAGCCAGCGCCGCUACGUGUGCUACUACAGCUACCUGCUGAAGAACCAGCUCGAGUACAAGCCGGUGGCUCUCCUCUUCCACAAAAUGGUGUUCGAGACUCUCCCCAUGUUCAGCGGGGGCACCUGCAGGGACAGUACCGUUAAAAACAGGAGCGAGCCGAUCCCUCAGGGCUUCAAGAAAGGGAAUUGGCAUUGGGAUCCCCAGUUUGUGGUGUACCAGCUGAAAGUCAAAAUUCACACGUCGAACCCCGCUCACACAAGGCGCGAAGAGAAACACAUGUUUUUCGAGUUCCCCCAGCCGCUGCCUGUUUGUGGAGACAUCAAAGUGGAGUUCUUCCAUAAACAGAAUAAGAUGAUGAAGAAGGACAAAAUGUUUCACUUUUGGGUCAACACCUUCUUCAUCCCCGGACCAGAGGAGAGCGGGGACAAGAUGGAGAACGGGGCAGUGAACAACGCAGAGAGCCAGCAGGGGGUACCGGCACCGGGCCAGGGCCAGCCGCAGAGCACCGAGUGCAGGGACAGCUGCAGGGACGGCGGCAGGGAAAGCGACCGGGAGAGGGACUACCUCAUCCUGACACUCACGAAGAACGACUUGGAUAAGGCUAACAAAGACAAAGCUAAUCGCUACUUCUCGCCAAACUUCAAGGUGAAGUUGUAUUUUACGAAAACCGUGGAGGAGCCUUCGAACUCAGAAGCAAGCACUUCGACAUCCGUCACCCCGGACGUUAGCGACAAUGAGCCAGACCAUUAUCGAUACUCUGACACCACUGACUCUGAUCCGGAAAAUGAACCUUUUGAUGAAGAGCAGCACACGCAAAUCACAAAAGUGUGAACUCUUUUUAACGACAGGAAACGAAGAAAUUAUACACCAGAAAAAAAGGAGAAAACUUGAAUAUAAACUCAAAAGAAGAACCUUUGUCCCUUCCCCAGACGGCAAUAGAAUAUCAUCAUGUCAAAUGCCAACUUUAGGGGAAAAAAAGAUAAAUAUCCUGACCAAUAUAUUGUUUUGUUUUUCUUUGGCACGGCCAUGUACCAUGUGCGAGGUAUUGACACUGUUGCCCCAUGGGAAAAGGUGCUGUAGCUAUAACAAUGUAUUUAUAUAUAUACAUACGUAUAUGUAUAUACAUAUAUACAUAUAUACAUGCGUAUAUAAAACUUUUUUUGUGUCAAAGACAAUGAGUACCACAAUCAGGAGAUGGGAGUUGAAGUGUGGGAGAAGUAAGAAUGAAAUACUAGGACUAUGCUGCUCCUUCUCCUGUCUAAACCAAGGCCAGUGCUGCAGUCACUUUGUUUCACUCCCUCUCUUCUCCUCCUUCCCCCUUUCUCCUCUCAUCUUUUACCCUUCCACCUCCCCCCCCCCCCUCCCCCCUUCCAUCCCAUCCUCUUUCCUCUCCUCCUUUACUGUGAAUGCUUCUUGUGCUCUUUGCAGGCUGUCUCACGUGACUUUUGGUCUUUGUGCAGUGCAAACUGCAUGCGGGCAGUGGGUUGGGGGUGGGUUGGGAGGGGAAGGGGGGGGUUAUGAAGAGGCUGUGAUGAUGUCUAAAGCAUUGCCAUUCCUGUUCCCACUGUGUAUACGUUAAGUUAUGCAGAACAAGGCAUCCCAUGUAAUUGUUAAUGUUUUUUUUUAUCCUAAGAUAAUAAAAAUAUAAUACACAAAACAGCA